CGAAACCCGCCAUUUAAAACCACACGCUACACAGCUUGAGCGGAAAUAUUAGUUCGCGACGAUCAUAUCCCGCGACUGGGCAAAAUAAUCUUCCUGGCGGCCAUAUUUAAGUUGGUCACCCAAACCUCUAUUAGCCAAUUUAAACUAGCACACUUUUAGUUAUUCUAUACAUCUGAAAUACAUACCAAAAUAGCCCCGGGUCUAUACACACUUAAAUAUUUAGCAAGCUUGCCCAAAUGUAGCCUUACACUGCAUGCAGAGGGGGGGGUUUGCCCGUUUUAAAUAUGGCUUCCCAGGUUCAGGAACCCGGAAGAGACUUCCUCCCAGAGCACGUUGUGAGUGUGCGAUACUGGCAUUCGCUAUGGAUCACGGAGCUCCAUACCCACCACCGUUCCUCCAGCCUCCGGUAUUCGGAGGGCCUCCGUCUUCUGGUUCCGCUAAUAUCUGGACACCGGGACCACCUUCUGGGCCUUGGUAUGGAGGUUGGAACCAGUGGGCACCCCAGUAUGAGCAGCACUCUUACUCUGGGCAGUAUUCAGGUUGGCCUGGACCUUCCGACCAUGUGCAGGAUGGAAAUAGGAACAGGUUCUCGCAUGGUCAGAGUGGGACCAGGGACUAUAAGGUACUAAAGCAGAAAAAAGAACCGGUUUACUCGCAUUAUUGUGAUACAUGUGAUCGCGGCUUUAAGAAUCAGGAGAAAUAUAAUGAACACGCUUCACAGCAUGUAAAGUGCUCAGAAGAAGGGUGUAAUUACAGUGCCCACGAAAAGCUUGUUCACAUCCACUGGAAAAAUAUGCAUGGUCCAGGUGCUAAGCGGAUAAAACUGGAUACACCGGAGGAGAUAGCAAAGUGGAGAGAAGAGAGGAGAAAAAACUUUCCAACGCAACAAAAUAUUGCGAGGAAGCAGACGCUGCAAAAAGAGAGGGAAGAACGAGGCGAAGUUCUAAAAACACCCCAGUUUGGGAAGAUGAAGGGUAUGAGAAAAGGCCCAGCGGGUGGCGCUAGUGAUGGACAACCUUGGAAGCAAAAUAAAAAACAGAGAAACUUUAGGAAGAAGUUUAGGAAAAAUAAUAAUGUCGAACAAGAGAGUGGUUCUGCUGAAGUGCAGACCAAGAAACCCGAUGGACAGGAGGAAAAGCCCAACCGGCCAGUCAACGAACCAUUUGUGAACCCCUUGGACAUGUUAGCUGGUAGCGAUGCAGAAUCUGAUAAAGAAGAGGCUCAGGUGAAUACAGGGCUAUCUGUAGUUCCAAACCAGGUAACAUCAGGCCUCAGCAGACUCAUUGCUAGCUAUGGAUGUUCAUCAGAAAGUGACAGUGAACCUGAAGAACUUCCAAUUAAGACCGUGGUGAAAGCUUUAGAAGACAAUAAAGCUAUUCUUCAAAAAGGUGUCCAGAGUGAAAAUACUGUAGAAGGCGCGAAUACACAGCAUUCAGUCUCAAGGGAUAGAGCAUCGCAGGAAAAAAGUCAAAAUAAAAUGCCCCCUCAGAAAAGCCACCCCAAUUCUGAAAGGAAGUCCAACAAUGCGCCUACAAAAAACCGAGCCACCCUUCUUGAAAUGUUACUGGCCCGUGAUAUACGUCAUGAAAGGAAUGUAAUUUUGCAGUGUGUCAGAUACAUCCUCCAAAAUGACUUCUUUGAUGCUCCGCCGAACAUUAAGGCGCAUGAGAACUCAGCCAAUACUAUAACUAAUAAUAUCCUUGGAGAAAGUGGAAGUCCUAAUAAAGAUAAUAGACCAGAAAAGCAUUUCGCACCGCAGAGUGCUCAGGAUGAUGGAUCGCUGAACGAUGGACAAAAGAGUCCUUCUCCUUCACCAGUCGACGAGCUGCCAAAUCCUGUGGACGAUGAGAUUUGGGAGAGUGCGGCCAACAGUAUUGAAGCAUUCUAGCGUAGACAUCCUCUACGGUGUAAUGGACAGUUUUCUUUUUAUUGUAAUAGAAAUAUAUUUCUCCAGAGUGGAGUAUAGAAAACGUGACUAGCAUUUUCUGUAUGCUGAGUAUAUUCACACAUCCACAUUUUUGAUCAUUGAUGUAAAUGGGACAACACUAAAUAUUUUUGUUCCGGUUAUUUUGUCCCUACAAUUACAAUCCGUGUAGCCUUUUUGUUUAUUAAAGGUUUACAUUUAAA